GUUCUCUCCCCUCCCCAACGCCUCUGCAGCCUCCAUCCCCUCGAACCCCAAACCCCCACCUCGCGACCUACACAUGGCGGAAGAAACCGCCGCCGCCGCGACCUCCAUGGCCACCAACUACGAGGUGGACCUGGGCAACCUGAUGGCGUGCGACCCGUCGCACCACAUCGCCGCCGCGCAGUCCUCCAGGGAGGAGCUGAGGAACGAGUGCCUGCAGAAGGCGACGGAGCUGGCGCAGGCGGUCGCCGACGCGCUCUUCGCUCUGCCGGCCACCGUGGGCCGUGACGGGCCCUCCGUCCGCCUCCCUCCGCCCGUCCACCGCCUCCCCCGCGAGAAGCAUUUACCAAGGCCGAAGCCUCCUACUAAGUGGGAGCAGUUUGCAAAAUCGAAAGGGAUUGUUAAACACAAGAAGAACAAGCGUGAAUGGGAUGAGCAAACUGCUUCGUGGAAGCGUACUUACGGCUAUGAUCGUGUUAACGAUGACAGAGACGUUCCUAUCAUUGAAGCCAAAAUGACAGAUGAGCCUGGUGUUGACCCCUUUGCUAAAAGAAGGGACGAGAAGAAGCAGAGGGUCGAAAAGCAAGAAAAGAACAGACUAGGGAAUUUGAAGAAUGCUGCGAAAGUUGGUGCUCUGCCAAGUCAUAUUCAGCUUGCUGCUACAGCUGUGCCCAUCACAGGAACUAAAGCUGAUCUGCCUAAAAAAGCUAAGAAGGAAGAUCUUGAGAAUGUUGCUGGCAUGGCUUCUUCAGCGACAGCUAGUGGUGGGAAGUUUGACAAAAAGUUGCCUGGUGAGAAGGCUCCUAAGAAAGCUGGCAAAAAUAGAAAGUUCCUCCCUGUUGUUGAAGGGAAAGGAAUGGGCAACCUGGAGAAACAGCAAAACGACAAGAUCCUGAACAGUCUACUGGCCAAAAACUUUGAGGAACCAUUGGAUGUCAGCAAGGCAAUCACGAUGUACAAAGUGAAGAAGGACAACAAGAGAAGGAAAGAGAAACAGUCGUCUUCCGGGUCAAAUAAAAAGCUGAAGCCUCAGAAGAAACUCCAGAAGAAAUCUUCAAAGAAGACCGCUGCUUAGGUUGAGGCUUGCUGUAGUAGGACGUAAGCGUGGUCUCUCCAAGCAGGCAGGGGAGAUUUAGCAAAUUUUGUAUGGUUAUUGUCCUGUUUAAGUCUGGUGUUGGACACGUCGUGUUCGGGCGACUGCUGGUUAUGACGCAAGAACCUGAAUGUUGUCAUGGCAUAGCUGUGGCUAUAUCUAUAUGCACGUAUUACAUUUUCAGUUCUGGAAAUGUGGUCUGUAGAACUGUUGGCGCUAUAGUAAAAGUAAGCAAUCCUAAUCGAAGGAAAUCCAUGUCUGUGAACGGGAACCUUCAGUGUGUCAAUUUUGCUUGGGUUUGUGUUGUACCUGGACCAAAGCUGAUGUGCUAGAUGGCAAAGAACUUGGCGUUUAGUGUAGUAGUA